UCUAUGUUCAGUGGUGCAACAUGAGGCAGUCUGUGGCUAUCUGUCUGUUUGGACUCUCAGCUCUGCUCCACGUAUCUGAACAGGGUCCCCACCAGCGUAAUCUAUUGAGGGAGCUACUGAGGGACUAUAACCGUAUGGAGAGACCUGUUGCCAACGACUCUCUACCACUCACUGUCCGAUUCUCCUACACUCUCUUACAAGUCAUGAAUGUGGAUGAGAAAAACCAGAUUCUCACCACUAAUGCCUGGCUUCAGAUGCAAUGGUUUGACCACUACCUUCAGUGGAACCAGUCAGAGUACCCUGGAGUGAAAACCCUUCGCUUCACUACUGACCAGGUCUGGAUACCUGAUAUACUACUGUACAACAGUGCCCAUGAUAAAUUUGAUGCCACCUUUAAGAGCUAUGUGCUGGUCAACUCCAGUGGAUUCUGUGAGUACCUACCUCCAGGUAUUUUCAGCAGUGCGUGUGAAGUGGACGUGCGUUGGUUUCCCUUUGACGUCCAGCACUGUGAGCUGAAGUUUGGCUCGUGGACGUUUGACGGCUGGCUGCUGGACCUCCAGAUGCAGGAGGCUGACUUGUCAGGAUACAUGUCCAAUGGAGAGUGGGAACUGCUGGGUGUACCAGGUGAUCGUCAUGAGAUAUUUUAUGAGUGCUGUACAGAGCCCUACUCUGAUGUGACCUUUGUUGUGACCCUACGACGGAGAACUCUGUUCUAUGCUCUCAACCUCCUCGUCCCCUGUGUUCUCAUCUCCUCCUUGACACUGUUGGUGUUUCUACUGCCAGCCCAAUCGGGGGAGAAGAUCGGUCUGGGCAUUACAAUUCUUCUCUCUCAGACUUUCUUCAUGUUGCUUGUGGCUGAGAUUAUGCCAGCUACCUCAGACUGCAUACCACUGAUAGGUCAGUAUUUUGUGAGUACCAUGGUUACCGUAGGGAUGUCAGUGGUGGCGACUGUAGUUGUACUUCAGUACCAUCACCACGACCCCAACAGUGGAGACAUGCCUCAAUGGGUUGAGUUGGUUCUACUCCAGUGGGUUCCAUGGUUUCUGAGGAUGAAGUGUCCAGAAGAGUGGGGUGAGCUCACACCCCACCACAGCCCCUCCAACCCCCAGACCAAGACCUGCUCCUCUGCCUCCCCCACCACCACCACCCCAGCCCCCUUAACCUUCCCCCAGAGCCUCACCUCUCUGCAGGCCAGUCUAAGCCAGCUCAGCCAGCCCCUACCACACCCACCUUCCAACCCUACCCUCCAGUCCUAUCCCAACUAUAAUCCAAACCCCCAGCCUAAUAUCCACCUUAACCCAAAUCGAUAUCCCCAGCCCCUUCUUAACCUACACCCCAAUCUCCCCUCCAUCCCCCACGCUCAGCCGAAUGGACACCUGCCAUACAUGGGCUUCCAGAGUCCUCCUGAACCUGACCCUGCUGUCACCUGGAGAGGAGGAGGAGGAGAAGAAAGAAGGGGUUCUAACACCCGCAUCCUCCACCACCACCCACCCUCCUCCACAAUGUUGGGGAGCCCCCUGCCACAACCCCCCACAUCUCCAGACCCUGACCCCUCAUCCUCAGGUUCCAGCUGUGUGGAGGAUGGGGCUGGGACAAGUACUUGCCAUGCCCAGGCCAGGGUGUUCCAGGCUGGGGAAGCAGAGGCCCAGCUCCAGGCCCUGCUGGUGGAGGUGCGGUUCCUGGCCGAGGGUCUCCGUGAGCAGGACCGCAGGGUGAGCGUGGCAGAGAAGUGGCAGUUUGCAGCAGUGGUCAUCGACCGUUUGUGUCUGGUGGGGUUCAGUGUGUUCAACAUCAUUUGUACCAUUGCAAUCCUCAUGGCCGCACCCAACUUUGCAGAGGCCGCCUCCAAGGACUUCUUCUGAGAAGGAGCUGCUGCUUCUAAAUCGUUGCAACCACUCAAAAAAACAACAACAACAUAUAUCCAUAUUUCUGCCAAGAUGCGCUUUUAAGAUCAGAUUGACAAGUUAUAACGCAUAUUUAUUGCAUUUGAUGCAUUCAGAGUCUUUUUGGGGUAAAUGGAGAUUGGCAAACCCAUGCUUAAGCUUAUUUAAAGCUGCUAUGCUGCAUCAGUUGGGCUACAGGGUAUAAUUAUUUUAAAGGAGACAUUUUGUAGAAUGUCCUCUUAAAAAGUCACCAGAAGUGACCAUCUAACAGUCCUAAAAAAAUAUUUAACAAACAUCCCGGGGGAGCAUGCCCCCCCCCCCCCCCCCCCCAGAAAGGGAGUGGGAGACUAUGGAGCAAUUUCAGUGGGAACAUAAAUUGUAUUUGAAUUCCAUAAUUUUGAAUUUGUAUUAUGAUAUUGAAUUUAAAUUCUGUGCAAUUACUGUGCAUUUCUUCUGUUUUCCGGGUCUUCAUGCCCAGUUUGGCUAAUGUAGGGAGUUAUGUGUCAAAUCCUUCACUGAUGAUGAUGUUUUUGUCCUUUGGCCAUGUGUUAAUGAAUGUGAUAUGUGUGAUGAUGGGAACUGGACAGAGAGGGGACAUAAGUCAUAUUGGGCUGGCACCAGGUUCUGUGGCUUCAGCUCAGCUCAGCACUGCUUCAAACAAAAGAACCACACACACACGAACACACACUAUUAAAUAAAACAUAACUGGUUGUUGACAGACUGUCUGGAGGAACUACAAUAUAGGUGUCAGUCUACGUUUUGCAUCUCAAAAUAAAUAAUCUUAUUUUCUA